ACUACCACCACCACUUACUACACUGUACCUUGACCAGCUUAUAAUAAGUGUCAUUAGUAACACUGUAAUAUAUAGUAAUAGAACGAUGGAUCAGUAUAGGAGCGAUAUAAAGGAUAUUCUUGGUACAGUUAAUCGUCAAACUGUAUCAGCUAAACAAGUUCGACAAUUACUUGAAGAAAAAAAGAAUGUUGAUUUAAGUUCAAGCAAAAAAGAGUUGAAUGCAUUGAUUUUGCAAUGCUUCGAUGAAACAGCUGCUCCUCAAAGCAGCGGCGGCUCAGAGGCAAAGCCCGCCAAGAAGUCUCGUGGCUCUAAGAACACUGAGGAAGGAACUGCUGAAGGUGCUAAGCCAGCCAAGAAGUCUAGAAAACGUAAGGGUGCUGAAGAAGGUGAAGAUGGUCAGAAGAAGAAGCGCAACGUAGACCCGGCCAACAACCCUUUGAACAGACCCAUGCAAUUGGACCCCAAGCUCGCCGAGUUCCUUAAUGUUGAACAGAUGUCUCGUCCUCAAACCGUUAAAAAGCUUUGGGAGUACAUUAAAGCCAACAAUCUUCAGGAUCCCAAUGACAAGCGUACCAUCUUGUGUGACGACAAGUUGAAGCAUGUAUUCAACGUGGACAACCUUCACAUGUUUACCAUGAACAAGUACUUGACCUCGUUAAUGACCAAGAUUCCUGAUGACAAGCUUCCAAAACAACCUGCCGCAGAGGAACCUGCCGCUGAAAAGACUGAAACUCCUGAAAACACUGAGAAUACUGAAAAUACUGAAAACCCUGAAGAAGAGAGUAAGCCCGAAGCUUCUCCCGAAGAGGAAGAUAACAACGACAACGACGAGUAAAAGGAUAUACGGGUGACUCAUUUCUCUUUUGUAAUUUUCUGUUUAUUUUUUUGUCAAUAUACUGGCAACCAGGACUUAGGGUAAUCCUAAGCUCAAAAAUCACUGUACAUUGAUUGUAUGUUUUCAAAAGGUCUUUAUCCGCAAGACCCCGUAUUUCUUUUAUUUUUGUACCAUACUCUGAGAUGCUUCUUUUUUAUGUCUUAAUAAAAUUGCUAUUUCUAUGAAUACAUAUAUAUGAAACUUGUACAUGCAUGGUGCAUUUCCAUCGUGACGA